ACUACUAUGACUUCCAAAUACGAUUGUGCACUUGGAUGAUCGUCUUUGACGCCGCCUCCAUCGUUUUUGUUUGUCGUCGAGUUAUCACCACCGAUGCCUUCAAAUCUGAAGGAGCUCUAUGACAAUCAAGGUUAUGUCGUUGUACCGUCCCUAGUAUCAGAAACAUUGUUCCGGGCACUGCAGGACGCUGCAGAGCGUGCUACCACCAAGACCCGCUCAGGCCAAUGGGUACAUAGACGUACAGUCGGCCGUCAGUUUCCUCCUUAUGGCGAAGAUAGCACAGAUUCUUGGGGUAUACAACAUGUUAUGCAUCCUGACUUAGGCGAACCUGUGUUUGCGGAAUGGUAUACAUCCGAUGGCCUUGCCAACGUCGUGAAAGAGUUACUUCUGUGCGAUGAGAAUGAUCUUCAGAUGGGUGAGUGUCGUGAGGUUAGGUCGCUGAUCCCAUAUAUCAUGCUCAGGGAUCAUAUGGAAGAGCUGUUCAAUAUGUUGAUCAACCCUGAUUCGCAUGAGUUUGCCUUACGAUGGCAUCGUGAUGAUAUUCGGGAGAACGCAACUGAAGAGGAAGAACGUCAGGCACUGAAUGUAUGGCACGAUGGCGUUCAAUGGAAUACGGCGUUGUACGAAGAUGCCUGCUUGUUCGUGGUGCCAGGAUCGCAUAGGGUCCCUCGUACACCAGAACAACGUGUACAUUCUUCGACUCCAGACCCUCCCAAUAAUCCUCUCGACCUGCCAGGCUCCAUCCAGGUGACUCUUCAACCGGGGGAGACUGUGUUCUAUAAUUCCAACAUUCUGCACUGUGCAACGUACGAUCCCUCUGCUAAACGAGCUACCUUGCAUGCUUCGAUGGGUUCAACGCGCGGUGGAUCUAGUCGAGCUCGGAAUGUCUUGCAACAUGGUUUGGACUGGAUGACAGAAUCACGCUUUAGGAAGGGUCUGAAUGAACGUGGUAGGGACAUGCUGGAAAGGUUGAUUCGCAUGAAGGAAAGCGCAGGGGAGGUUGGCUACUCGUUAGCCAACUAGCAAACGCACACUAUUCCUGGAACUAUUUAUUCUGAAGGAUAUACCUCGAUAGGGUCAUAUAAAGAUACAUCCUCUCCACGUUCACCACUCCGCUACCUGAAAACUUAGCUAUCUUCAACCUUUCUUGAUCUUGUUUUCGACUUGUUCACAAUGCUAUCGGUGCUGAUGCUGAUGCUGAGGACUGAGCGCUCAUUCAACUUGACGUUUUUCACGUUGCCCAUCAUAUACUACAGUACUUCCUCCUGAAGCUCUGUCACCGAGUCAAUAGUAUAUACUCGACGCCCAGCUAUGACCUUAUGUUUGGCCUAUAAAUAUGAUCGGUGUCG